AUGCCGGCCAUGCUCGACGACCCAACGGCGCCCGCCGUUUACCGCGUGUCAGGUCCCUCGCCAUACCCCGAACCGUACGGCCCUCUCCCGCCAGAGAUCACGCCGCGACAAGUCACCCUCCGAGACCGCACGACGAUAGCCACCCUCCUCCCCUUCUCCUCCCCCAUGCAAGUCCCGGCCAAGCUCACCGCCUACCUCUGCGAACUGCUCAACCGCGAGAUCGAAAAGGGCGACACCUAUCCCAUGAUGGACCCCAUGCCACUCUCCUCCUUCGGCCCGUACUGGUUCGCGAACUUCGGCGCAAUCAUGGUUUUGGGUGAGCUGGACAACACCGAGGAUGUCUUAACAAUGGAAGCGCAGGGUACGGACUGGACGAAGCAGUGCUUGGGCAGCUUUUACGUCAAGCCGAACUAUCCUGGCCGCAGCAGCCAUGUGUGCAACGGUGGGUUUCUGGUCACGGACGCUUCGCGCAAUCGUGGGGUUGGUAGACUCAUGGGAGAGUGCUACUUGGACUGGGCGCCGAAGCUGGGUUACUCGUACAGUGUGUUCAACCUUGUCUACGAGACCAACGUCGCCUCGCUACGCAUUUGGGAUGCCCUCGGCUUCAAGAGGAUAGGACGUGUGAAGGGAUGCGGCAACCUGAAAUCAUACCCGGAGCAAUACAUCGACGCCAUCAUAUUCGGACGCGAGCUCGGCGGCGACAGCGAAGACUACAUCACCGAAGAGCGCUUCGACAAGAUCCGCUUCUACCUCAAAACCGGCACCUACCCCAACGGUUCCGACCGUGCAGAGAAAUCUCGCCUCCGCUCCGCCGCGACUCACUACCGCCUCAUCCCCGCCGAAGACGAUCUUGACGAAGACAAGCUCAUGCUCAAGGGCAAGGAAGUCGUCUCAGACCCUCACAAACAGUACGAGAUCGCCCGCACCUUCCACGGCUACACGCACGCAGGCAUCAACAAAACCACCGCCAGCAUCUCGGAGAAAUACCACUGGGUUCGCAUCAAGGAAACCGUUAGCGCCGCUAUCCGCAAUUGCUCCGAGUGCAAAGACCCGACGCCCAAACCACGCGAUCCGACGAACAGAGAGCGCCGCACGCCCGCUAAGAACGGAGACGCGGGCUCCAGUCGUCCUCGUCGUGGCUCAGGCUCAGUUGUGGCGAACGGCGUGCAGCAUCUGCAGGUCGUCGCUGGCGCUGAUCCCGACAUGGUCGUGGACGAGCAGCAGCAGCAGCAGCAGCAACACUCCGCUCCAGUGGCGCAAAUGCAGCGUUUCGAGCACUACUCCGUCCCCGUCGACCCGGCCAUCAUGCACGGCAUGAACAGCCAGUGGCACGAGUCGCACGCCAUGAUUCUCGAUCCCGCGCCAAGAGACGUCGAGAAGGAGGAGGAGGCGGACAUGGACGCGCGGUUGCGUGCGGAGCUGACGGCGACUAUUAUGCGGGACGAGGAGCCUGGAUACCCUUCGCAUGCACCGGGGACAGGGCCGGGUCAGUAG